UAGAACCAAGGCCAAGAGUGUCCUAAUUGCCGAUCCAUUCAUCGGACUUUGACUUUCUUCCUGCUGCAUCCCAACAAAAUCUACCAGAUUUGCAUCAAACCUAGUGAGCGGAUAGAUUCCCAGGCCCCACAACGAUACAAUCCAACGGCUAUAAGAGAAAAACAAGACAUGACACCAUAAGUCCUGCCACAUAGUAUCAGAACUCCAAAUCUGCAUAGCAAAAACUUGCUGCACUGAUUAGUCAGACGGAGAGUCAAACCUAGAUGCAAGAACAAUCUUAAGUACAUAUUAAUAUGGAUAGACAGCGAAGGCCAGGCAGCAGUGCAGAGCCCAAGGCAAAGCCAAAGAUGGGUUUCACCAUGGGUCUGAACAUGCUGCUUCUCCUGACCAUGGUGGCCACCAAUAUCCUUUCCCUCUACCAUCUCUCCUCCACGAUUCAAACCACUAAGAAGCCCCCCGCUCCAGUACCUGUCCCUGACCACCUUCUCCACCAGCUCAACACCAUACGCGCCACCAUCAACCACCUCACACGCCUCCCACCCUCCGCCGCAGAUUCCUCCACUAAAGCCGCCGUCUUCACCACCACUUCCCCACCGGAUCUCCUCCUCCACUCCCAACUCUCGCCCAUCGCCACAUCUUGCCACAACCACCCUGACCUCCUCCAUCGAUAUAUGGACUAUACACCAUUCUCUCCCUGCCCUCCAGAUUCCGACGAGCUCGCGGAAUCACUCAUCCUGCAUGGCUGCCACCCACUCCCUCGCCGUCGGUGCUUCUCCAAAACCCCACCAAAACCCACGUCGUCUCUUUCCCACAACUCGUUUGCACCUUCGCUGCCGGACCAAAACGUUAUCUGGCAUAAGUACAAUUGCAAAAGCUUCAGCUGCCUCGUGCGCUCCAACCCGAAACUGGGUUUCAACCUCUCUGGGGAAGCCACUCGAUUCAUGAGCUACAACGACGAACUUGACCUCCCGGUCCUACAACUGUUGCAUAUUGCCAAGGCAGCAAACUCUGUGCUCCGUCUCGGCAUCGAUGUCGGUGGCGGUACCGGGACUUUCGCGGCAAGAAUGAAGCUUUACAAUGUGACCAUCGUGACAACGACGAUGAAUCUCGGCGCGCCGUACAACGAGGUCGUGGCGCUGAGGGGGCUGGUGCCGCUACACGUGCCACUGCAGCAGAGGUUCCCGGUGUUCGACGGGGUGGUGGAUCUGGUGCGUUGCGGCCACGCCGUGAAUAGAUGGAUACCGUUGACGGCGAUGGAGUUCUUGCUUUACGACGUUGAUAGAGUGUUGAGAGGUGGAGGUUACCUGUUGUUGGAUCAUUUCUUUAGCAAAGGGGUGGAUCUUGACAAGCUUUAUGCGCCGUUGAUUGGGAAAUUGGGGUACAAGAAGGUGAAGUGGGCAACAGGGAAUAAGGCCAAUUCGAAGAACGCGGAGGUUUACUUGACCGCGCUUUUGCAGAAGUGA